AUGUCAUCUCCCUCCACGCUGCCAUACCCUCCUCCUCCUCCUCCUCCUCCCUCCGGCUCUCGAACAGCCCAGUCCGUGUCUCGGCAGCAUCGCCGCUCAACCUCCGACACGUCUUUGACCCCGACUCGCCCCACCUCGGUCCCGCGUUCUACCAACUUUCCCUUCUCAUUCAUCCGGCCCUUUCAACCAAACCUCUCCUCCACGAGCCUUGUUCCUUCCACCGCCGAGGGCAAGCCCAUCCCUGUUGACGAUUCCACCGUCGAGAACCGCACCUCGGCCCUCCGAGAGCUCAACAAUAACUAUCCCAGCCGCCACAGGUACGAGAGGUCUACCGGCGCCGAGAACACCACCUAUUCGGAGCCCGUCAUUGUCCACAGCUACUACUCGCCGCUGCCCUCCCGACCCAUCAGCACGACGCACGGCGGUGUCCUCGUUACCGGUGGCGCCGGUACCGUGUCCCAGAGUGGGAGCUCGGCCACGGCGGAGCGACGCUUGCUGCCAUUUUCCGCCACUGUCACGACGGCCAGGAAUGGCAUGCUGAGUCGGAUGAGUCGUAGGCGUGAUAAGCGCUUCAGCGCUGCCGAGUCCGGGGGUGUCAAGCUGCCCCCGGUCGAGGCCUUCACCUUCAAGAGCUUCCUUGACAACAUGGAGACACAGGAAGACGGUGGUAGCAGCAUCAAUGCCGACCUGGACCGCAUUGCCGAGAUAUGUGCCAAGUCGAGGUACUCCUUGAGCAACCAGUACGAGGUCCACUACACACCCCAUGGCUCUGGCUCCUCCUUCUUAGGCGUCAACCGCGGCGGCGGCCAGGAUCCAGCCGGCCCGACGCUGCAGGCCGUGUCGUCAGAUGACGAGAGGAGCAUGAAGCACCAGAGGAGGCAGCAGCAACGCAGAGGCGUCAGGCGCAACAGCAGAGCCAUGGGCACCCUCGAGACCAUCAUGUCGUCCAGCCGGUCGUCGGACGAGGAAGGGUCCAAGAAGAGGUCAGCCGCCGACUUGGCCGACGAGGUCCGUGGCCGAGCCACGACCAAAGGCUCGGGAAGCACAUCCCCGGCGAGGUCUUCGAAAAGCACCGCCGCAGACAACCAGCAGCAGGACGAUGGGAACGAUGGUGCGUCGGUACACUCUCACCCUCUCAGGAGACGAUCUACCUCGCUCGCCCUCAUAGACAAUACCAAGCAGGGUAGCAGUUCUCAACAACAACAACAACAACAAGGAGGUAGUACCUCGGGAAAACCGCCACGCAACUCGGGCACGACCAUGCUCGUCGGCCAGCCUGUCCAGCCUCAAGCAUCGACCAGUCACCUCGAGAUCCGCACCACACCGCCCAAGAAGCGAACAAAGGAGACGCAGGGUGAUGACGGCCAGCAGGACGGCGCACCGACUCUUCCGACGAACCGUCAGACCCUAGUCAUCAGGAGCUCGGGAACUUUUCCACUCGCGGAAGCUGCCACCCCUAGAGAUGGCCUACUGACUGCCCUGACCGGCUGGAUCCCGUGGACGACAGCGUCGUCUGAUACGCCGGUCAACGCGUCGCCCGGUCGUGCAGAGGGCAGUCUGCGUGAGCUACUACGCACUUCGGACAGGAGUAAAUCUGAUGUUGGGGGUGCACUUCUCUAA